AUGGCGAAUCUCCCGGCUCAUGCCUCUCCCAAACUCGCCCCGCACUCUCCUCUACCGACCGACCGACCAGAUAGCGUUGCCGACGAUGCGAGUCAGGGAAGUGGCAUCACUACGGGCGAACAGACUCCAGCCCUGCCGAACUCGAUCCUAUCGCCCGCAUUCACCCCUCCCGCGACUCCCGGCGGUACAUUGAACCUGACUUCCAACCCGACACAGUACCUGCAUGAGAGUCAAGCAGCAAGUCUUCGGCACUACGGGGAACACAAGAAGGCACCCAAACUGCUAGAGCAGCUGCCCAAUGUGGAAUGUAUCGUCCGGGCCCGUAUCCCGACUACCAACGGUGCGGAGAUGUUCCUGCAUCUGUACCUCAACGACAUCGAUAAUAAAGAGCACUUGGCUAUCGUCUUUGGAUGCAAUAUCCGCAGUCGAAGCUUGGAUCGUGUUCGGCCUGGUGAAACCGAGAUGGACCGCAUGAUCCGAGGCGCAUACGUGGGCAAAUUGCACCCCGGGAGAACUAGCAGCUGGUAUGACGAUGACAAGAACGAGCAAUCAUCGUCAAGUUCACGCAUGGAGCCCCCACUGGUUCGGAUCCAUUCGGAGUGUUAUACAGGCGAGACGGCAUGGUCGGCUCGGUGCGAUUGUGGUGAACAGUUGGACGAGGCUGCGCGGUUGAUGUCCUUCCCCGUGGAGGAUCUGUCCUCCAAUGCCCCGCCCGAGACACAGUCCUUGCGGUCACAAUCCGCCGGCGGAGUGAUUAUCUAUCUGCGACAGGAGGGCCGAGGCAUUGGCCUGGGGGAGAAGUUGAAGGCAUACAAUCUGCAAGAUCUAGGAUCUGACACCGUCGAGGCCAAUCUUCUGCUGCGCCACCCAGCCGAUGCCCGGAGCUAUGGCUUGGCUACGGCGAUGCUGAUGGAUCUUGGCUGCGGCGCAGAUGUGAACCCGGAUGGCGUACGCCUGCUUACGAAUAACCCCGAUAAGGUACGGGCCAUUGAAGGACCUAACCGUGAAGUGUUGGUCAAGGAGCGUGUUCCUAUGAUCCCCUUAGCCUGGCGGACAGGCGGGGAACGCGGGAUCAAAAGCUCCGAGAUUGAAGGGUACUUGCGAACGAAGAUUUCCAAAAUGGGCCAUAUGCUUCAAUAA